AUGAGUGACAAAGGCAGCAAACGAGAAUUGACUGAUGCAGAACUUGAUGCACUUAAAGCCAGUUCAGUUAUGAGUGAAGAAGAAAUUCGCAAAUAUUACGAACAUUUUGUAAAUGUAGAUGAUGGCGAUGGCAAAUUGACAAAGGAAGAAUUUCAUAAUUUUGCUCGAAAACUAUUCGGAAAUGAUAGCCUCGAUCGAGUAAAAACUGACACAAUAUUUGGUGCAUUCGAUACAAAUAAUGAUGGUACCGUAACUUUCCGUGAAUUUAUUUUGGCAGUCGUUGCAAUCAGCAAUAAUGAGUUGGAUAUUAUGUUGACCCACUCAUUUCACAUGUAA